AUGGGGACAAAAACCAAAAAACUCAAAAAGGGAGCAGCAGCUCAGUACAUCACGAGGAGCCAAGCCCUCAAGAAGCUGCAGGAACUUCCAGCAGCAGUGGACUUCAAAGUCUUGGAAACUUUUUCUCUUCUCUACUGCGGGCUGCUGCAAAGUGUUCUCUUCAAACUCUACAAGACGCAGCAGCUGCUGUACCCCCCCCGCUUAGCAGCAGCAGCAAAAGCUGCUGUUGCUGCUGCUGCUGCUGGCUCGCCCUUUGUUGCUUCUCACCGGCUGCAGCAGCCCGCCAGCAGGUUCCACUUGCUGCAGAUCGAAAAAGCCCCGCAGCCAGCAGCAGCAGCAGCAGCAGAGGGAAAAGGAGCAGCAGCAGCAGCAAAAGGAGCAGCAGCAGCAGCAAAAGGAGCAGCAGCAGCAGGAAAGGGAGCAGCAGCAGCAGCGGGAAAAGAAGCAGCAGCAAGGAAGCAGCACAAGGCGCAAGAGGAAGAGCAAGAGGACCAAGAAGCAACAAGCGUUGGCAGCAGCAGCAGCAGCAGCAGCAGCAGCAGCAGCAGCGGCUCCGAAGCAGAGGAGGAGACAGAAGGGGAGGUUGAAGAAGAGACAAAAAAGGAAAAGAAUGCAAAAGGAAAUAAAAUGAGCAGCAAAAAGAAAGAACGAGCAGCAGCAGCAGCAGCAGCAGCAGCAGCAGCAGAAGAAGAAGAGGAAGAAGAAGAAGAUGAAGAAGAAGCAGCAGCAGCAGCAGAAGAUGAAUCAGCAGCAGAAGAUGAAUCAGCAGCAGACAGCAGCAGCAGCGAAGAUGAAGACACAGAUGAGGAGACAGAAGAGGAGGCAGAGGAAGAAGCAGCAGAAGACAAAGCAAAGGCAUGCUGCUGCUGCAAUGUGCUGCAGCAAUGCGGCGAGGACUUAGCAGCAAAACGGGAACUGGUGCAGCCGCAGUGGGUCUUUGACUGCAUCAAUGCUUGUUUGCUGCUGCCGACUGAAGACUACAAACCCGGGAAGCAGCUGCCGCCCCACUUGUCACCUUUUGUAGAUGAUGAAGCUGAGGGUUACAUCCCGCAGCAGCGAGAGGUGAUUUGGAAGCUACAAAAGGCGAACAAAAAAGCAGCAGCAGCAGCAGCAGCAGCAGAAAACAACCAGGAGGAAGAGUCGGACAGUGAUGGGCAGCAGCGAAACCAGCGCCAGCAGCAGCAGCAGCAGCAGCGGCAGCAGCAGCAGCAGCAGCAGCAGCAGCAGCAGCACUUCACCGGCUCCUCCCCGCAAAUCGUAGGCCGCUCUCGCCAGCUUUGCCCCUCAACAGCAACAACAAUAACAGCAACAGCAGCAGCAGCAGUAACAGCAGCAGCAGUAACAACAACAGCAGCAGCAGCAGCAGUGACAACAGCAGCAGCAGCAGCAGCAGCAGCAGCAGCAGCAAGGAGUUUGCUUCGGCUUUGUUUGCAUGCAGGCGGAAGGAGGAAGCAGCAGAAGAAACUCUGA